AUGUCUAAACUCAUUGUUGUCACAGGGGUCACCGGCACCCAGGGAUCCUCAGUUGCGGAGACCUUUCUCAGCCUGCCCGGCUGGCGAGUUCGUGGUAUCACACGCAAUCCAUCUGGCAAGGCUGCCACAGCGUUGGCGGAAAGUGGCGUUGAGAUUGUCGAAGGCGACCUCGAUGAUCUGACUUCGCUUCAAUUAGCGUUUGCUGACGCUAAUGUGGUGUUCUGCAACACCGACUUCUUCGGCCAUCUCUUCCAAGCCGUCGGUACUGGCCAUCCGCAACCCCUGAAGCAUGCAUACGAUAGGGAAGUCCAACAGGGAGUCAAUAUCGCCCAGGCUGCGGCUACAUCCAAGACUUUGAAGACUCUCGAGCUUUUCGUAUUCUCUGCUCUGCCAGACGGAAAGAAAUGGAGUAAUGGAAAGUACACCCACUUCUACCACUUCGACUCUAAAGUCGAUGUCGUCAAAGCCAUCAACGAUCACUUUCCAGACUUGGCCGAGCACAUGAGUUUGCUGCACAUCGGUCACUACGUUGAGAAUUGGAAGUCAUCGCCCUUGAUGGCUCCAGGGAAAGAUGAAAACGGCACUUAUGUGUUCAAAAGAACGUUCUCCCCGGACUUUGCCAUGCCAUUCAUUGUGGCCAGCAAGGAUACUGGACCUUACGUCAAGGCGCUCGUCGGUCUCCCACCCGGCCAAAACAUCUUUGCGGUAUCUGAGUACAUGAAGUUACCAGAUUGGGUGAGGCAGUGGGGCGAUGUCUUGGGUGUGAAGGCCAAGUAUCAACAAGUCUCGGAUGAUGAGUUCUUCGAAGGUGCACCACCAGCUUUCAAGCAAGAAUUCGUGGACAAUUUUCACUACGUGGAGGAUUUCGGCUAUACUGGAGGUGAUCCGGACAUCAAAACGCUUGAUCAGAUUGGUGUUGGUGUUUCAGUGACUUCUAUGAAAGAUUACUUCAAGGGAGAGGACUGGUCGUCGGUCCUUUGA